AUGUGGGGUAACUCUGAGGAGAGAGGACACUCUGUACGGGAAGAUCGCCCUGCAGGUAGUGGUCCCUCUAUCAAAAGCCAUCCUGCAGAGGAGAGUCCUUCAUCUGAGAAGGAUAACUCUGUAAAGAGAGGACCAUUUCCUGGGAAAGAUCACCGCACAAGGAGUCUUCGCCUCAGAAAUAGUUAUCCUGCAGAAGAGGGUUACUCAUUUGAGUGGGGUAGCUCUGAGGAGAGAGGGCCUUCUGCAUGUGAAGAUCGCCCUGCAGGUAGUGUUUGCACCAUCAAAAGCCUCCCUGCAAAGGAGAGUCCUUCGUCUGAGAAUGAUAACUCUGUAAAGAGAGGACCAUCUCCUGGGAAAGAUCACCGCACAAGGAGGCUUAGCUUCGGAAAAAGGUACCCUGAAGAAGAGCGAUACUCAUUUGAGUGGGGUAGCUCUGAGGAGAGAGGACACUCUGCACAUGAAAAUCUCCCUGCAGGGAGAGGUCACCUCAUCAAAGGCUGUCCUGCAGAGGAAAGUCAUCCAUCUAAGAAGGAUACCUCUUCAAAGAGAGGACCCUCUCCUGGAAAAGAUCACCCCACAGGGAGAGGUAAGCCUCCGAAGAAAAGGCGCCCUGCAGAGGAGGGUCUGUCAGUGGACAGGGCUAACUCAGCAGCAAGAAGACCCUUUGUAGGAGAAGAUCGUCCUACAGGGAGUGAUCACCCCAUUAAUAGCCACUCUGCUGGCAAGCGUCAUUCAUCCGAGAAGGGUAACUCUGCACAUGAAGAACCCUCUUCUGGGACAGAUUGCUGCAUAAGGCGGCAUCGCCUCAGAAAAAGUUGUCCUGCAGAGGAGGGUUACUCAUUCAUGUGGGGUAACUCUGAGGAAAGAGGACACUCAGUACGGGAAGAUCGCCCUGCAGGUAGUGGUCCCUCUAUCAAAAGCCAUCCUGCAGAGGAGAGUCCUUCAUCUGAGAAGGAUAACUCUGUAAAGAGAGGACCAUCUCCUGGGAAAGAUCACCGCACUAGGAGGCUUCGCCUCAGAAAAAGAUACCCUGAAGAAGAGGGUUACUCUUUUGAGUUGAGUAGCUCUGAGGAGAGAGGACACUCUGCACAGGAAAAUCGCACUGCAGGGAGAGGUCACCUCAUCAAAAGCUGCCCGGCAGAGGAAAGCCAUUCAUCUAAGAAGGAUAACUCUCCUGGAAAAGAUCACCCCACAGGGAUAGGUAAGCCUCCGAAGAAAAGCAGCCCUGCAGAAGAGGGUCUGUCAGUGGACAGGGCUCAAUUGGCAGCAAGAGGACCCUUUGUAGGUGAAGAUCGCCCUACAGGGAGAGGUCCGCUUCAGAAGAAAAGCUGCCCUGCAGAGGAGUGUCACUCAGAUGAAAGGGGUAGCUCUGCAGCAGGAAGACCCUUUGCAGGUGAAGAUGGCCCUGCAGGGAGAGGUCAGCCUCUGGAGAAAAGCCUCCUUGCAGAGGAGGGUCGCUCAUAUGAAAAGAGAAGCUCGGCAGCAGGAAGACCCUUCGCAGGUGAAGAUCGCCCUGCAGGGAGUAGUCAGCCUAUCAAAACCUACUGGGCCAAAGAGGGUCAUUCAUCUGAGAGCAGUAUCCCUGCGAAGAGAGGACCCUCUCCCGGAAAAGAGGGUCAUGUAGAUGAAAGGGCCAAUUAUGCUGAGAUAGGAUCCUUUGCAGCAAAAGAAUGCCCCACAGGAAGUGGUCAGGCUCCAAAGAAAAUCUGCCCUGCAGAGGAGGGUAACCCAGGUGAAAGGGGUAACUCUGCAGGGGGAGGACCCUCUGCAGGGAAGGAUGGCCCCACAGGGAGAGGUCAGCCUUCAAAGAAGAGCUGCCCUGAGGAGGAGGGUCGCUCACUGGAUAGGGGUAACUAUGUGCAGAGAGAACCCUCUGCAGGGAAAGAUGAUCCCAUGGGGAUACAUAGGGCUCCAAAGAAAAGCCAACAUGCAGAGAAACAUCUAUCUGCCCUGGGAAGCUACUCUCCCCAAACAAGUCAUCCUGCAGAGAAAAGUCUAUCUUCCCAGAGUGUCUGCUCUGCAGAGAAAGUGAACACAGGGGAGAGAGGUCACUUUGUUGAGAAAGAAUGCCCUGCAGAGAGAGAACUCUCUGUUGAGAAAGGUGAGACAGAAAAGAAAGUCAUCUGUUUUGUGAAAGUUCAUUCUGAGGAGAAAGAUCAGUCCUCCCAAAGCAGCUACACUGCUGAGAAAGGUAACAGAGUAGAGAGCGGGUACCCUGUCGGGAAAGGUCAUCACUCCAUGGAAAAAAGCUUUCCUGUGGAGAAACCCUCUUCUUCAGGAUCUGCACUUUACAUGCCAGUGCCAAAGAACAUGCUGAAUAUUCAAGAAAACAGAGUUGGCAGUGGUACCAGCACAGGAAGGUGA